AUGACCGUCACCCAACGUCGCGUUCGCGCCGCGGACCCCUCCGGCCCGGAAGAUCGCGUCAUCACCGAGCCCGGAAUCAAGUACACUUGCGACAUUUGUGAGAGCCCAUGUCGUUGGGCAUGCCAACUAACCCCAGGUGGAAUCGACAUCACCCAUACUGUCCGCAUCAAGUGCGCUCAUCACGACUGCACCGAGAUCGACAUCUGCCCCACUUGUUUCAGCGAGGGCAAAAAGGUCCAGAAGCAUGAGCCUUGGCACGACUACAAGGUCAUUGAACAGCACUCGUACCCCAUUUUCAGCAGCGACUGGGGCGCAGACGAGGAAAUGCUUCUCCUUAACGGCUGCCAACUCCACGGUCUAGGCAACUGGAUUGAGAUUGCCGACCACGUCGGCACACGUACCAAGGAGGAGUGUGAGCGGCACUACAUUGAAGUGUACCUCGGUGUCGGCGAAGGGCCAGAUGUCAAGAAGGACUCUGAGAUGCCCCACGAGACGCCUGAAGACGAGCACUACAGCGUGUUCAUGCCACCCAUGGACCGCACCUUCGACAUUGACCCUGAUGAAUUCCAGCGCCGCAAGAAGGCGAGGAUAGAGGAGCUGCGUAGACCUCAGCCACUCGCAAAGGCUGCCAAGACUCUCACGUCUGCUCCGACCAACCACGAGGUCGGCGGCUUCAUGCCUGGCCGUCUCGAAUUUGAGUAUGAGCUCGAGAAUGACGCGGAAAUGGUGAUAAAAGACUUGGAGUUUGGGCUGGUGCUCGAGCACGGUGGAGCCGACCAGCCGAUGGCCAAGGUUACGCGCCCUGAGGACGUCAAGCCCAAGAUUGAGGAAGGCGAGGCCUCGGGUAGCACUUCGCCGGGCAAGCGAAAGCGGGGCGAAGAGGAGGAGCCGACCGAUACCGAGCCGACUCUUGAAGUCGAGGACGCGGAUGAGCUCGAGGUCAAGGUUGCUCUCCUCAACAUUUACCGGUACAAGCUCGACAAGCGUGUGCGGGCAAAGGACAUUAUUUUCGACCGCUCGUUGACGCAGUACAAGCUGCUCACAGGUCAGGACCGGAAGCGCCCGAAGGAGGAGAGGGAGCUCAUCGCCCGCUUCAAGCCGCUCGCCAAGCUGCAGACGGCCGAGGACUUUGAAGUUUUCUGCGAAGGCAUGCUGCACGAGACGCAGCUGCGGCGCAGGAUCGCCGAGCUGCAGGAGUAUCGCCGUAUGGGCAUCACGACGGGCAAAGAGGCCGACGAUUACGACACCAAAAAGGCCGCGCGUGCAGGCCAGCGGCCGGUUGUGACGCGCGAGCCCGACCCGAUCCGGACGGGCGCGCGCGCGAAUGCCGGGCAGAACCGCUACUUGCACGGCACGCCGCCGGCGGACUCGCGCGCCGUCAGCCGCGACCCGCCGCCGGUGCGCGCGCGCCCGGCGCCCAAGCCCAAGGACUUGCGCAAUGCCGAGGGCAUCGAGCUGCUCACGCCGAUGGAGGCGACGGUUGCGUCGCACACGCGCAUGGCGCCCCUGCGGUUCCAGGCCGUCAAGCUGUCCAUGGUCGUGCGCAACGAGGCGACGGGCGGCAAGCUCCGCCGGCGCGAUGCCCGGCUGCACCACCGUCUCGACGUGAACAAUGCGUCGAGGAUCUGGGACUUCCUUGUCAUGACGGGCCACUUGAAGCUGGCGUACGACGCCAGGAUCAAGGCGUUUGACCUCAAGCAUGGCGAGAGGGGCUGGCCCCGCCCGCCGAGCGUCCCGAUCCCCGCUGGCGGCCCGCCCCACCCCCUCCCGGCCUCGACCAUCUUCCACAACGGGACGGUGGGGAUGUAA